AUGGCUACCAACGGCAGCAGCCACACCGAGGGUGUCGCCACACAUGAAUUCUUCAACAUUAUCAACGGCCAGCGGCGAGGGGCUGGUUCAGGCGGCGUGGACCGUGGCAUCGACCCUCGCACCGAGGAGCCAUUGUGGGAGCUCCCAGUAGGAUCGGCAGAGGACCUCGAUGAUGCUGUCGCCGCUGCUCGCGCGGCGCUUCCAGGCUGGGCCGCGACCAAGGCUGAGGAGAGACAACAGCUACUGGCCAAGAUGGCAGAUGCCCUCGGUGCGAAUAUGGAAUUUCUUGUUGGCGUCGUAAUGAAGGAGACAGGGAAAUCGCAACUCAUGGCGACUAUUGAGAUAGGGAACUCGAUAAACCAGUGCAAAUAUUUUGCCAACAACACGUUGCAUGACAAGGUUCAAUUUGAGGACGACACCAUAAAGAUCAUAGAAACGCAUGCUCCGGUGGGCGUUGUCGGAGCCAUAUCUCCCUGGAAUUUCCCUCUGAUCCUCAGCAGCAUGAAGGUGGUGUCAGCUCUCGUCAUGGGCAACACUGUCAUCAUGAAGCCCUCCCCUUUCGCCCCAUACUGCGUCCUCAAGUUCGCCGAGCUGUGCCAAAGCUUCCUCCCACCUGGCGUGCUCCAGGCCCUGAACGGCGGCGGGGAGCUCGGCGGUCUCAUGACGCUGCACGAUGGUAUCGACAAGAUCAGCUUCACGGGCUCCAUCCCCACGGGCAAGAAGGUCAUGGCCAACUGCGCCAAAACUCUGAAGCGCGUCACGUUGGAGCUGGGUGGCAACGACGCCGCCCUCGUGUGCGCCGACGUCGACCUCGACAAGGUCGUGGCUCAGACGUGCGCGGGGAGCUUUCUCAACGCCGGCCAGUACUGUGCCGCCACCAAGAGGAUCUACGUCCACGCUGACAUCUACGACGCCUUUGUCGACAAGUUCGUCGCCGAGACCAAGGCAAACUACGAGACCGCCUUUGCCGGCGAUGGCGUCUCGGUGCCGACAAUCUUUGGGCCCGUCUCCAACAAGAUGCAGUUCGACGUCGUCAAGAGGUUCCUUGACGACGCCGCGAGGCCAGAGACCGGCGGCAAGAUACUCACCGGUGGUAAGCUGCACGACAAGGGCUACUGGAUCCAGCCCACGGUCGUGGCGGGCCCCAGGGAGGACUCCAUGGUCGUCAAGGAUGAGCAGUUUGGGCCGGUGAUACCAAUUAUGAAGUGGUCCGACGAGCAGGACGUCAUCAAGCGCGCCAAUCUCUCAAACUCUGGCCUCGGAGCCACGGUCUACUCGAAAGAUCUUACACGGGCGGAGCGCAUCGCUCGGCAGCUCGAGUCAGGGUCUGUAUGGAUAAACAUGCCUGAGCAGCCCCAUCCUGGGGCUUGGUUUGGUGGAUGGAAAGACAGCGGGUAUGGCGGAGAGAUGGGAAUCCUGGGUCUAUACUCUUACUGUCACAUCAAGAGUAUUCAUUUCGCCAAAUGA